CGCUCCCAGCAGCCAAUGGGAGCAGUUGGGAGGCCGUCGCUCAAACUACAGCCCGGUAGGCAAUGGGCGGGCCCUGUGGACCACCGCCCACUCGCGCGCCGCUUCAUGCGCCCUCGACCAAUGGGCGCGGCUCGCGUGGGCUGGAGGCGGGUCAGCGCGGCCCACAGCGCGAGCGCUGGGCUUCUUCCCACGUCGCGGGCUCUCGGCGCAGGUGUGUCAGCCUCGUCCCAACUGACGGCACCGAACAUGGGGGCCCUGGCCGCCAGGCGCUGCGUCGAGUGGCUCCUGGGCCUCUACUUUGUCUCUCACAUCCCCAUCACGCUGUUCAUCGACCUGCAGGUGGUGCUGCCGCCAGAACUGUACCCGCAGGAGUUCAGCAACCUGUUGCGGUGGUACUCGAAGGAGUUCAAAGACCCUCUGAUGCAGGACCCCCCAGUGUGGUUCAAGUCCUUCCUGUUUUGUGAACUUCUGUUCCAGCUGCCUUUCUUUCCUGUUGCUGCAUAUGCCUUCUUCAAAGGAAAUUGCCGGUGGAUCCGAAUCCCUGCAAUCAUCUAUGCAGUUCACACCAUAACAACUUUAAUUCCAAUCCUCUAUACAUUUCUACUUGAGGAUUUCUCCAAAGCUGUUACUUUCAAAGGACUUAGACCCGAGAAUUUCCGUGAACGACUGACUCUCACAGGUGUCUAUGCCCCUUACUUAAUAAUCCCCCUUAUACUCCUCCUGUUCAUGUUGCGGAACCCUUACUAUAAGUAUGAGGAGAAAAGAAAGAAAAAAUAGGGGCCAGCCACUAGCCCGAUGGGGGAAGAUCCCAUAGUACAGUUGCCUUUUGGACAAUACUAGAAAAACUGCUCUGAACCCACGUCUCAGCAGCAUUUGAAACAUACCAACAGCAGUGCACAAGAACAAGAUGGCGGCAAGACAUGCCAAGCCCUCACCUUCCAAGGGCUGAACAGGCCAUCAGCAGGGGUGGGGACCAGCAAGAUGGUGCCACAGUUCUACUAUAGCAUUCCUAAAAAUGGCCAGACAAAAAAAGCUGGUCAGCUAGAACACACACCUGAGUAACUCCUAACUCGAUCUCUAUGAUAACUAGUCAACAAAUUAGUGGGUGUUUCUGGCCACUUUAAUAUCACAAAUUUUGUCUCUUUAAACACCCAUGAAAAACUACCAUGGUUUCCUGCCUAUACCUCUACCUCUGGAAGAAAAAUAUUGUAGCCUCACAAGCCUAAGCCAGAAUGGGCUACAGUUGGAAGAUAACCAUUUACAGUUCACCCUAUCUUCCAGUUACGCUACUAGUACUUGUACUUCCCAACUCUGGCGUCUCAUGACACUGAGCUCCCUACUAGACAGCUUUGUCCUCCCUCUCUGCCUGGUCCUUCCCAUCCUGUUCAGAGUGGGGUAAUAGUGUGACUGUUGCAGUGUGUCCGCUGGCUCUCCUUACAGAAACAAGAUUGGUGGGUGCGAAGCAUGCUGUUUUGCUUGCAAGCCAUAUUUCCCUGGUUAUUACUGUCUGACUUGUGUGUAUGGUCCAAUAAAGGUAGCUGCUGAUCACUGCCUGGUUUGUUGUAUGGAUGGGGGUUAGAACACUGAGUUCUCAAAGGGGCUGAUAAUGCACACAGCACCAGAGAAGGAAGACCACACCAUUUGCAAAUGGUAUUUAUUGCUUUUCAUUGAGAGCUUUUUGAAUUUACAAAACAAAA